CAUGGACCAGUACGAGAUGGACAUGCUAAAUCAGGACGUGAACAACCAGAUUGUCGUCGCAGAGAGAGAGAAGGAACCACACAGCCGCGCUCGGACAACGAUCAUGACCGGAAAGGUCAAGCAUGAGUGUAAUAUGCGCCCCAGACUCUCGGCAAACUACCGCAGAAUGAUCAAAGCGAGGACACAAGCGGCGAACACUUCGACACGGCCUAUCAAACGGAUCGAGGAUGCCUUGCCUGGAGGGCGGGGCGGGAUCAUCAAGCUCAGCAGUGGUGUUGCGCCUGCUGCUGGGUUCUCAGAACAUAUCAGACCAAAAAUCAAACCGGCAAAGGGCCAGUACGAGCGCAUGGCCCGUAUGCCCCGCAACCAGCUGCUCGACUUGCUCUUUGGUCUAUACAGAGAGCGAGAGCAAUGGCCACUCAAAGUUCUUAGGGAGAAGACACAGCAGCCCGAAGUUUACCUUAAGGAGGUCCUGAGCGAGAUUGCAUUCCUUCACCGGAGCGGAGAGUUCAAUGGUUCGUGGGAGUUGAAAGGAAGUUUCAAAGGUGACGGGGUCAAGGGAGAGGGUGGUUCCAUUACCGAACUCUACAAGAGGGAGCCGCCACCCGACAUGGACAUGCCCAUGGCAGAUGAGGACGAGGACGAAGACGACGAUGACGAUGACGAUGAUGACAUGGAAGAGGUCUCGUAGCCUGUCAGUGGCAUCCGCAGAGUGCCGGUACUUUCUCUCACAUAGGCCUUUCGUGUAUCACUACCAACCAUAUCUGUUUUCCUAGUCAAUACCAUAUCAUUUGCUUUC